GUUAUAUAUAUUUUUUUUGUUUAACUACAUAUAAACCAUAUGAUGUUAUUCAUUGUGUGUCUGCAUAUGUCUGUAUACUCAUCAACGCUGUUAAUGAUCAUGUGGUCGUGCAGAGGAAGUAGACUGAAUAUGAUAUGGUUUUUUGUUUACAAAUUUAGAAACACUCUAAAAUGAUUUUUUUUGUUUGGUUCUAGAAUAAAGUUACACACUAUAUUUAUAAUCCACACUAACAUGUUGAUGUCCUGUAUCUGUAGUCAAAUAUGCAGUUUAGAACUGACAGUUGUAGCAUCCUUAAUUAUAUAUAAGCUGUCAGUUAAACAUUUAUGUAGAAAAAUUGUUUACAUUUAUUUUAAGGUUCCAGACAUAUAGAGUAACUGAUAGGUGGGCUGUUGCAGUGCAUUUGCUUGGUUAAAGGGGUCAUGUGUUCAGAAUGAGAACAACGUAAUUGACUCAGACUAUUCUUUAAAGGCUUACAGGGCUGAACAGAUGUCCAGUGAUGGACCAAGCACUAAGAUAACAAACCUCCCUACAUCUCAGUCAGCUGUAAAUGUAAUUAGACUACUGUGUGUUUAUACUCUGGACAGGCAGCUGCUGUGUGAAUAUAACUAGGUUAUCUUUGCAUUCAAGAGCUUAUUCUGCUAGUUGGCUCAAAAACAAUGCCUAAUCAGCUCUUUUGCAGUGUUGUGAUCUCUUAAAGCCAAGAAAAUGAAGUACAUAAGUAAUGCUUAAGUAAAUUUUUAAAUAAGAAUUUAAAAAUGUUUUUAAAAAAAUAAAAAAGUAAAAGCAACAUUAAAAAUUAUAAAAUGCAAUUUUUUAAAAAUAUAAAUAAAAUACUUUAAAAACCAAAGUGAGAACAUCAGCUCUUUCUCAUAACUGAUCCUGUAUUUUAUCAUACUGUUUGAUAUCUUAUUUUAGGCCACUUUAAACAUUACAGGUACAGUGUGGGUGACAGAAAUUUGAAGUCACUAAUGAAUCCUUAAUUAUUGAGGUUAAUGCUUGUGCGAGACACAACAGCUGGGGUUUUACACUUAUUUACAGGCCAUGCAGUGAUUGAGUGUCCUGUUAUCUGCACUCAGGUACGAGUUAAGGAGACGAUGGUGCUCUCCCUGGUGCUCUCCUCCUCAGGUCAACAUGUUCAACCUCAUAAGCAAUUGCUGCAGCUGGGUCUCCAAACUCCAGCAACCCCUGAGGAAGAUCACAGUGCUAGUGGUUGGUUUGGACAAAGCUGGAAAAACAUCUUGUGUCAGAGGGAUGUUGAGAGGUAAUUUAGUGCCCCCUGGAGAUGUAGGUCCCACCCAUGGAUGUGUCCGCACUGAAUUAAAGCUGGAGAACUACUUGGUUAACAUGCUGGAUAUGGGUGGGGCUCCAGAGGUUCGGGGGUCCUGGAGAGAGCAUUACGGUGAAGCUCACGGCAUCAUCUUUGUGGUGGAUUCAAGUGACAGACAACGAAUGAAAGAGGUCAAAGAAGCUCUAGUGGACUUGCUGAAGCAUCCAAGAGUAGCAGGAAAACCUCUUCUUGUGCUGGCCAAUAAACAGGACAAAAUGAAUGCUCUGCUGGGAAAUGAACUCAUCGAAAUUCUCUCCCUCGAGAAGCUGGUCAACCAGAGCCGGUCCCUUUGCCAUAUUGAGCCAUGUUCUGCCUCAAUGGACCUGCGUCGCUGGUCAGACAGGAAGACCCUGCGAGGUCUCAGAUGGCUACUGCGAGCCGUGUGCCUGGAGUACCCAGACCUCUGUGCCCGUGUGAUGAGAGACGGGAGGCGACCAUUAGGGCCAGAAGAAAAGGAAAGGAGAGGAAAAAUAGAGAAGAGCCGGAACAAAUCUAAAGAGGAGAGAACACGGACAAGCAAAACAGAUAUCCGUCAAGAACAUCACAGUGAAACUUUAAGGAAAAAUGGGACUCUGCAACCAAUCAAAAACAUUCUAAAUAAGGAGAACUCUUUAAAAAAGAAAUUAAGCAAAAAGAAGAAAGUGAAAGUUAAAAUUAAGAAGGAGAGUCCAAGCAGAGGAGUAAAUGAAGAAGAGGUGGAGGAGACAGAAGGAAAUGAAGCAGAACAGGAACACAGCAGCCAGAAAGAAAAAGCAAACAGUGCAUUGCUGCCACCGAAACGUGGAAAGCUGAAACGCAAAGCCAAAGUAAAAGAAGAGAACUUGGGUAUACCAGAAUCCCCCAACAGUGAGGUCUCCAAACCCUCUAGAGGAAAAGAGGAAAGAAAGAGAAAAAAGAAGACUGUUAAAGUAAAACGAAAGAACAAGAUAAACACAGAGGAAGUUCCCACUGCUUAUGCACAGCCUGUUGAUCUUUCAACUACUUUCGACCUUUACCGAAAAGCAAUUUUGGCUCUCAAAGCCCGACAGGAACAGGACAUUGUUUCGAGAUAGUGAAGAAAAAGGAUCCUGGAUGUUAUCACACAGAUUGAAGAAAUGGAUGGCUUAUGAAAAUGCUGAACCACAUAUUGAUGUCGUUUACCCACUGGAUGAUGAGCUGAGCCCAUCUGCAAACUAGUUACUGUUUUGUAUUGGCUAGAAGAUCAUCAUUAAUACUUUUGUAAAGACUUUUUGGGGUAAAUUUUCGUAAGAAUAUGUAUAAUUUGUAUUGUAUUAAGAGAUUAUUGUGAAAUGACUGCAAAUUAACUAUUCAAGAAGUUCUGUUUUGAAGAAAGACUAGCCUUCCUAUGAAGAUGAUAGUGUCCUAAAAGACUUUUGUAUUAUUAAGAUUUUUCAUUGUGACCUAACCUAAGACAGUAUCUGAUGGUUUACCAUGGUGUACAUUGCAAUGACUUCUCUAUAACUUAUUUAUCUACGAAUGUGAGAUGUGUUCUUUACAGGUUUGAAUAAGAAGUUGCCUACCCUUUUUUGUGAAAUUUUAUUUAUUUGUACAUGUACCUUUUUAAAAAAUAUGAAUCCAUUUCAUUUGAGCCAAUUUGUACUUUUAAUUGAUGUGCGAUGGUUUUAUAAGGAGAAAAAAUUGCAUGAUGGGAUACUUAUUUCUCAGAAUAAUCAUCCCUGAAGUUUUUCCACCAAAUAAAAAUGAAAAAUAAAAUCCUGAACAAAACAUUGUGUUAUUGU